AUGCUAGGUGUAAGCUCUUUCCUGCUAGGUCUUCGACCCACAACAAAAGUGUUUUUUCGUAGCAACAUUUCGCUAAUCCCAUCGAGAACUUUAGCAUCAUAUACCGGUAGGCCACAGAGCACGGCGAAACUGAUAAACCCUUCCAUACUGGUGAGCCGGAGUGUGGCUUUUCAGCAGCCUAUAGCAAAGAGGUUUUUCUUUCAAACGUCGACUCUGAAAUCCAGGUGGAAGCCCAUUUUCAAUGAAGAAACUACCAAUCGAUAUGUGCGUUUAAACAGGUUCCAACAGUACCAACAGCAGAGAAAUACCGGCAACUCGCUGGGCUCUAUGACUGUCCUGGGUUUUUCGUUGAUGGCAGGGAUCUAUUUUGUUUCGCCAUAUUUGUUUGAGUAUGUGCCACCCUUCUCGUAUUUCAAGGACCAUCCAAAGAAUUUGGUAUACGCAUUGUUAGGGAUCAAUCUUGCUGUAUUCGGGUUGUGGCAAUCGCCUAAAUGUUGGAGGUUCCUCCAGAAGUACAUGUUACUGCAGAAGGAUCAUAUGACAAGCAAGCUUUCCAUAAUUGGGAGUGCAUUUUCUCAUCAAGAGUUUUGGCACCUGGGUAUGAAUAUGCUGGCAUUGUGGUCAUUUGGUGUUUCACUCUCGACAAUGCUGGGUGCAUCCAAUUUCUUCUCUCUAUACAUGAACAGUGCCAUUGCGGGGUCCUUGUUUUCGUUAUGGUACCCGAAGCUUGCACGCUUGGCUAUUGCAGCGCCUAGUUUGGGUGCCAGUGGCGCCCUAUUUGGGGUAUUGGGAUGCUUUUCAUAUUUGUUCCCUCAUGCUAAAAUACUGUUAUUUGUCUUCCCUGUUCCAGGCGGCGCCUGGGUAGCAUUUUUAGCAUCAGUGGCAUGGAAUGCAGCUGGUUGCGCUUUCAGAUGGGGAUCGUUUGAUUAUGCAGCACAUCUAGGAGGCUCCAUGAUGGGUGUUUUGUAUGGAUGGUAUAUUAGUAAAGCUGUCGAGAGGCAAAGGCAACAUCGUCUACAGAGCACCGGUAGGUGGUUUUAG